AUGAAUCCAAACAAUGAGUACAAAAAUAGUAACCAAGAUGUUCAAGAAAGACAAUCCGAUGACUACCAGUCGUAUUGGCGACAAUUGAGUGACAAUCUGUCGCUUCAUAAACAUUGGGCACUGUUUUUCAAGAAUUGGAUCAAAUUGAGAGGCAAUUUGACACUAGUUUUUUGGGUAUUAUUGUUGCCAUCCAUUGAACUGUCGCUGUUUCUGAUGGUAACCGGACCGCAACACGGCUUUCGGGUGUCCGUAUUCAACGACGACCUCAACGGCAACUAUUCGACACAAAUACUCGACCUGUUUGACAACACAUCGAUCAUACAGUUUCCUCAUCGGACACUACAGUCGGCCAUCAGAUCGGUCGAAACGGGCGAAACAUCGAUGGCCAUCACUUUUGCUGCAAAUUUUAGCGACUCGUUAGUCGAAAGAAUCGAAAGCAAGUUUACCGACGACCAAAACGACACCGCCAUCUUUGGCAGCCAAAGCACUGUCAAUUUGUAUGCCGAUAUGUCCAACAUUAUGGUCGGUCCGCAGAUUGUGGACAAAGUGCGCGUAACUGUCAUCAAUUUUCUGAAACAUUACUUCCAAUCGGUUGAUGAAAAUCCGCGUAUCGCCGAAGUACCGCUCGUUCCGCAAUACAUAUACGGCCGAUACGAUCCGACAUUUGCCGAGUACGCCCUUCCCGGACUCAUGUCAUUUAUCUUAUUCUAUGCACCCCUAAAAUUGUGUACAUUUGCUAUGUUGAAGGACCGGGAGGAAGGAAUCCUGGAGCGCAGUCUUGUAGCCGGUGUUAAUGUUUCCGAUUAUAUUGUAUCGCAUAUUGUACUGCAGUUUAUGUUUCUUAUACUACAGAUAGUUGUCUACAGUGUUACCGUACUAUUCAUUUGGGAACUGGAGGUCAAGGGAAGCAUAUUGUUGUUGAUAACCGAAAUCUUUUUUCACGGUUUCUGUAGCAUAUCGUUCGGUGUUCUCAUAUCGGCUCUCGUGUCCACCGAAUCGGCCGCAAUGGUUGUCCGUAUUGGCGUACUGUUACCAUCGUUUUUCUUCAGCGGCAUUAUAUGGCCAGUCGAGUCGUACACAUCAUUCCUGCAGACACUGACCCUACUGUCCCCACUAACACUGCCUACCGAAGCGUUUCGAUCGAUUAUGAGCCGCGGAUGGGGUUUAUCACACUUUCCCGUUUGGAUCGCUAUUGUAUCCAAUUGUAUACAUUCUGUAAUUUAUUUAAUGAUUGCCGUAUUCACUGCCAAUAUUAAGAUUAUUAAUCCGUAA